AUGUUGAUGCCAACCGCAUUCCUUGUUUUUAUCACUUUGAUUGGGCCUUCCUUAUCCAUCUACAACCUGACUUCACCAGAGAUCGCAGCAUGGGACAAGCCUCGAGGAGCGCUGAUCCGACAUGAUAUAUUUCUAGAGGGCGGUUUUCUGCAGAAAGCAACAACUUGGUCAGACUCAGACGAUGCAUGGGACCCCGCCCCCAGAACUGUCGACGACAUGUCGCUUUUCAAGCUCAGUCUCAAUCGUUCAUUCGACAUCAACGACGACAAAGCUCCCGCCUUAUUUGAAGGACUAGAAGGUAACACAAUUGGCACAGAGUGGCUGGAUGGAUAUAUGUUUCACGAUGACGACGAGUUCUACGCCUACGGAGGAGCUUACAUCAACCGAGAGCUGUUGAGCUCACGGACCGUCGCCUGCGUCGUCUACGAUGAGCAAGAAGGUGAAGAGGUUGACCCCGUCCAGCCGAAUCCCCUCUACGCACCUGAAGGCGGAAGUUUCAUCCGUUCCAUCGCGUAUGGUGCAGGAGCUAGUGUUCCGAGUGAGAAUCUCUCUUUCUACUUCGGUGGCAUGCAGAUGCAAGAUGGCAGCCAGAUCGGCUACUUCAGACGACCGUCGGAUCGCAUGGUAGUCUCGAGAACUCUCAUCACUGUCGACACUGCCGAACAAAAGAAUGCGGACUGGCAAUACAUCGAUCCCACUUCCGACACCAUUCUAACUAGAGCUCACGCCCGUAUGGUUUGGAUCCCUGUCGGAGAGCAAGGACUGCUGAUCGUUGUUGGUGGUGUACUCGCUCCGACCGACGUGCUGAACAACAAUAUCGCUUGGCCCAAUGACACUAUGGAGGUCGGUAACAACUUUACCCAAGAGUUUGCCGUGUACGAUAUCGCAUCCAGGACAUGGUUUUCACAACCCCUCAAAUCCAACAGCUUCUACCCGGACAUCAAUCUAGCUCAAUUUUGCACAGUUGUGGCUCCUUUCAGCAAUGGGACAUCAGAUUCGGACCAUACUCACUUCGACAUCUACGUUUAUGGUGGCUGGGACGGUAAUCAGCCGAAAAGCAUCACGGAGAAGGUAUACGUGCUCACUGUCCCGACGUUCGAAUGGAUCACGCUGGAUGUCUCCGGACAUGUGGCACCUGCGAGACAAGGUCAUUUAUGCUUCAAGCCCUAUCCUGAUCAAAUGAUGGUAAUUGGAGGCACGGGCAUGAGUGCUAGACCUCUUGGACCCAGAAGCGGCAUCGAUGUAUUCGAUCUUAACGACCUCGCCUGGACGGGUCGGUAUGACCCACGAGAGUCUGAGCACAGACCAUACUCCCCCACCAACGCUAUCAGAGAUGCAGUUGCACGGGAGCCUUUUGCAUCUAGCAUGCCUCAGGCACUCCGCGACAUUUUCAGUACACGGUACUCGAAGGAGAUAAAGGAAUGGGGCCCGUACACUCUCAUUGACGAUUCGGCCGGUCCGGUGCCUACUAAUGAUCCUGGUAACGGCGGCGACGAUGACGGGCAGCCAGGCUGGGUGGUUCCCGUUGCCGCUACUCUCGGAGUCGUCGGCGGUCUCGCAAUUAUCGGGAUCAUUCUCUUCUGCUGGCGCCGUCGCCGCAUCCAGAAGGCCCGCGACAACAAGCGUCAUAGCAAUGUCACAUCUGAAACGGCCAAGCAGGGCUGGAUCACCAAAUGGAUUGGCGGCACUGCCAGUGACGUCCCGCCCGGUAAAGACCUCGCGUCUGAGACCUACACCGAGCCAGAAGGCAACAUGGCCACGCCCGCGCAAAUGUCAGAAGCGCACCCGUCAGAGCUCGAGGGUAGGGGGUACUUCCCUGGAUCACCGAGAACAGACCACAGUCGGUGGUCGUCUUCGACCGCGGUCCGCCAGCCCGCUGAUGGAAGUGCCGGACCCCACGAAGUCCACGCAGACAGCAGCUUCAUUCACGAAGCCGGUGCCCGCUCCCCUGUCCCCGGCUCGGAUAUCAGGCAAUAUCCUCUGUACCCUCCCAGCGUCGUCAGCGGUGGCCACCCGCGAUCCGUGCGCAGUGAAUCUAUUUCGCAGCCAACCGACGCCGGCAACGCCUCCGACGGAGCCGCAUCGCCCACCCCAUCACGGUCGCCUCCACCCCCCGGCACUGCCGCCGCCAUGUCGUCCAUCCCCGAAGCAGCGCGCUUCUCGCUCGACCACAAUAACGAGGAGAAGAGAGAUGACAGUGGUCUGGCCAGGGCAACCUCAGGCCGAGCUGUAUCUCCCAUCCUCGGCGAGGACGGAACACUGCAACGGCCGGGCCACCGUCGUCACAACUCUAGCUGGAGUUCCACGCUGAGUCCUUUGCCUUCCCCAGGUAUGGUGGACCGCACCAGCGCUGGCGGUGCUGACCAGGGCCAUACCAUUUGA